AACUCAGAAGAGACGUAGAAAAAUGGGUCAAUAAAAUGUAUUUUUAUUUAUAAUUCUCAAAAGCUAUUUUAUUAAUUUAUUAUUCUUGCCAAAAUUAUAUAUGAUUAUUUUUAGAUACAUAUUUAAAUAAUAAAUAGUAGGACGACUUAAAUGUUACUUUAAGAGAAUAAUCAAAACGUUCCCACGACGUCAAUCUUCAGUCAUCUCAAAUUUUCAGUUGCUUAGCAACGGUAUAAAGCAUCAACACGCAACAAAAUGUAUUUUUAUCAAUAACAAUUAAGUAUUAAUUAAUCUAACAUAAGUACCUUUAUAAUUGUUAGCCUUUAAAAAGGCAUUGCAAAAUGACGACUCCAAAAUUGCUAUAUACUAUAGAGCAGCCUCAUGGCAUGGGAGAGUUGUACUUCUUGUGGCAGAAGGGAGAGUCCCACUCCUUGCUGGCCACAACUGGAACAGAUGCUACAGUAGCUGUGCAUGAUAGGAGUGGACAGUUGUUAGAAAGAAUGAAGUUGCAGGGUCUUUGUGGUGGCAUGGAAUGGGACCAAGAUGGCGAUUAUUUAGCUAUCAUCACUCCUAACAGCAAUACAGUAUUGUUAUGGGAGUGUCAUGCUAAUAAGAGGAUUAAUAUUGAAACUGGAUUGCGAGAGCCUCCAUCGUGCAUAGCAUGGGCUUAUGGAGAACCAUUGUUGGCAGUUGGCACACAGAAAGGAAAUCUUGCACUUUAUAAUCAUCACACAACUAAGAGAAUACCAAUAAUAGGUAAACACACUAAAAAGAUUACAUGUGCAGCAUGGAAUAAGGAUAGUAUUCUAGUGUUAGCAUCGGAAGACAAGAGCUUGUCAAUCAACAACUCGGAUGGAGAUACAUUGAGAAUGAUAUCUCUUAGAGAUGCACCAAAUGAUCUGCAGUUCUCAGAGAUGAAAACUGAUGAGAGAGUCGCUGGAGAGAACACUAUAAGUUUGGUUGUUGGCAAGAGGACUCUGUACCUAUAUAAUCUCUUAAACCCAGAGAAUCCAAUAGAACUAGCGUUUCAACAGCGUUAUGGCUCUAUAGUAUCCUACAAAUGGUAUGGAGAUGGAUACAUCCUUAUAGGAUUUAGUGCUGGCUUCAUCAUUGCUAUAUCCACACAUAUCAAGGAGGUUGGUGAAGAGCUGUUCCAAGUGAAGAAUCAUAAGGAUAACCUGACUGAUGUAGCAGUUUGUAAUGGGAUGGCGGCUUCUUGUGGUGAUGGACAACUAAAAUUGAUAGCAAUAUGGAAUAACGGCGAGGUAUCAGGGUCAGUUAUGCCCGCAGGAGGCGCGGAGCGUUGCGCUUGGAGUUCUGACGGACGUUUGCUCGCGACGGCUGGUCGGGCGUAUCUGAAUGUUUACGUGACAGCGUUGCCGCCAUUACACGCGGCUUAUGGCACCAGAGUUAUCACAUUGACUAGUCUUACUGAGGCGACUGUGUAUCAAUGUAUAGCCGUCGGUGAUGAACCGGAGCCUGUGAAUAAAUCGGAACCAACGCCCCUAGCAACCUACACUCUACCAACAGAACCUAGCGUGAUUGCCUUGGGCGGGUCCCACGUAUGUUGUGCCAGUGGUACCCUGGCCUGGUUCUACCCACUGACUGGGGGGGCGGCCGCCAGGAGGCAGUACCCAGCACCUAUUGAGAUGAUCACUCUAGCUGGGGAAUAUGCUGCCGCCCUGUUCCAAGGACGGGCUAUGUUGCAUGUGAUCGAUCAAAUAGACCCAUCGCAGCCGGAGAAGGAAGCCAUGUUGUUUCCCGAGCCACACAUGCAAGGCGCCAAGAUUGUGGACAUACACCUCACUAGUGAUUUCUUCAUAUUCGUUACUGAUCAAGGCCACGUAGAAUACUUCGGCGUGGAAGAGUGGCGUAGUUGUGCCCGGUACCGGCACGCGUGUGGACUGCGGCGCCUGCACUGCGACAUCGGCGGCGCGCGCGCAGCAUUACUGGACGAACGGCGCCGGCUCGUCGUCUACUGCCCCGCGGCUGACCAUGUCGCUGCUGUUACUAGGAAUGUUGCUACUGAUGUCAGAGGAAUAAUCUGGGACAUUUGUCUCUCAGACCGUAACGUGUUCAUAAUAUACACCGACGAAGCAAUAGAGACGUAUUACUACGCCGCUAACUCUAUCAAUGGUUCACACGUGGACUUAGUAGGCACUACGCCGCUCAUGGCCGGACAGAUACCACUCAUCCUGUUCUCUGGAGACGUCUAUUGCUAUGCUAAUGCUGGAUCGGUAUUAAAAAUGGCGUUAGACUCCCACAACACGGGUGGUCUAGCGGACGCGGACACGGAGAAACGUCUGGCGAACCAGCGCCGCCAUAUAGAGAAGUUGUUACUACUGAGGCGGUUCAGCGAGGCCUGGCUGUUCUGUGACGCCGUGGAUGAAGUGGAACUCUGGAGGAAAAUGGGAGAGGCCGCUAUAGCUGAUCUUAAUGUUGAGUUUGCAAUUCGUGUCUACACGAGGCUCAGUGAUGUGGCAAUGGUUUGGGCUUUAGAAGACGCAUCGCAUAUUGAAGAUUUAUCUAUAUUGUGCGGCAUGCUUUGUGCCUGCGUGGAUAAAGGCGACGCAGCAGUCCGUUGGUUGGAGGGGGGCGGCGCGGGCGCGCUGCAUGCGCUGGCGCUGCACUGCGCGCGCGGGGACUGGGCGCGGGCCGCCACGCUGGCCGCGCGGGCCGCGCCCCGCGCCGCGCCAGACAUCACCAGGCAUCGCGCGCACCAUCUCGAACUCACAGCGGACUACCACGAAGCUCUAACAAACUAUGAGAAGAGCCUCAUAACUGAGAACACAGACGACAUCAAAGUAAAAGAACACAAUGACAAAUGCGAAGCGGGGAUCGCACGGAUGGCGAUACGAUGCGGUGACGUCAUGCGAGGACUUACCACUGCCAUGAAACAUUCACAUGACAUCAUGCUUAUAAAGGAAUGCGCACAAUUAUUAGAAGAAGAGAAACAAUACAGUCACGCUGCAGCCCUAUACGACCAUGCAGGGAACACAGAGAAAGCAGCGUCCCUAUAUAUCAAAUUAAAGUCCUGGCUCAAAGUCGAAGCCUUACUCCCAAAGAUCAAUUCGCCAAGCAUACACAUACAGUACGCAAAAGCCAAAGAAGCUGAAGGGAGGUACCAGGACGCCUUAAAGUCCUACCUCAAAGCCCAAGACUAUGAGGCAGCGAUCCGACUAAACUUAGACAAACUCGACGAUAUUGACGAAGCAGUGAAUUUAGUUCAAGAAACCAAAUCGAUUCAGGGAGCUAAAAUGGUUGCGAAUUACUUUCAAAACAGUGAUGAUCCUACUUCAGCUAUAAAGUUCUUAGUCAUGUCUCUCUGUUACGAUGAAGCCUUUCAAUUAGCGAGGAAGAAUGGUAAGCUGCAGUUGUAUGGAGAAAUUCUGAUACAAACGUCGCAAGCAAGGCCGGAGGACUUUAAGAGUUUGGCGUUACAUUUUGAAGGGGAAAAGAAUCAUUUGUUGGCUGGGAAGUUCUAUUUCCAUGCUGGGGAGUAUAAUAAAGCCAUGUCUCAUUUGUUGAGGAGUGGCGGGUCUGAAGAGGAGGAGAAUGAGGCCAUUAGUAUAGCUAUUGAUGCGGCCGCUGCUAGUGAUGACGAGAGAUUGAGUCGGAGGUUGAUAGAGUUCCUCCUCGGCGAGACUGAUGGCACACCGCGUGAGCCACGACAUCUGUUCCGCUUGUAUAUGGCCAAGAGACAAUUCGCUGAAGCUGCUAAAACUGCGAUAAUAAUAGCGGGCGCGGAGUGUCGCGCGGGCGCGUACCGCGAGGCCCGCGACGUGGUGCGCGCCAUGUGCGUGUCGCUGCGCGCGAGCCGACUGGCCGUGCCCAGGGACAUGCGGCACGCCAUCGCACUGCUGCACAGCUACAUACUGGUCCGUACGCACGUCAAACGUGGUCGCCAUGACUUGGCCGCUAGAUUGCUACUGCGCACUGCAGCUGACGUCACAUUCUUCCCAACACCACAACAUCAAGUAUCGAUACUGACAUCGACGGUCAUCGAAUGCAGUCGUGCUGGUUUGAAGCAUCAGGCAUUCCAUUGGGCAAGGGUGUUGAUGCAGCCUGAAUAUCGUUCACAGAUCGACCCGAAAUACGUGAAGAAGAUAGAGAGCGUAGUCCGGCACGGCGCGCGCGACACUCCCGCGCCGCCCGUGACGUCACCGUGUCCCCAGUGCGGGGCCGACCUGCCUAUAGCAGACCUCACCUGUACACACUGCGAGGUCGAUGUACCAUUCUGUUUGGCUUCGGGUCUACAUAUAGUGAAGGAUGAUCUGACUGCAUGUCCGGAAUGCGACUUUCCGGCCAUUCUCACUGAAUUUGUUGAGAUCCUCCAAGAAGAAGGCAAGUGUCCGAUGUGUGGUGAGAACGUCGAUUACCGGCGACUGGUCAAGAUUGACGACGUCGCUGCCUACAUGGACCUUAGCACCUCGGAGUAGAGUUCAAAUUUGCCUGUAUUUUUGUAUGUACAAUAUGUUUUCUAUGUACCUAAUGAUCUGGGGCCUUAGUCUGCUAUUACAAUUGUGUCAGUAUGGUCGAUCAUUGAGCAGUACAAGAGAGACAGAGCUAUGUAGGUUGUAUAAUUCCUUAUGUAGGUUGUAAGGCCCCAGGAUUUGAACAGGAGAAGUUGUUAACUUAUGUAUUCUCAAAAUGAGCUCUCUGUACGUUUUCAGAAAACACUUGUCUGGCGAAAAAUUUCUUGAAAGAAGUGAUUUCUGAAAAAUUUGUAUUAAUGCUAUUAAUUUGCAUUUAAGUAUGUAUCUGAUAAGAAAGGCGGGAGAAGACAUUGGAUGAUUUCCCCCUCAAAAAAAAAGUAUGUAUCUGAUACUUUAGUAAAACCAGAAUAUAGCUACUUUCAUACAAAACUCAAAUUUCGAAAUCAAACAAUUAAAAAAUAUCGUCAAUGAACGAUAAAAAAAUACUUAACUAAAUAAUUUAAAAAUAGAUGCCAUCAACAUUGUACACACAAGGCCGUGUUAAGCAAUUCAGUCUGCCAUACAAUGUACAAACUUAUAAACUCUAUCACACUACACAUAGAGUUGAAAUUCCUUCAGCCAGUACUAACGAUAAGCUUUAAGAAAUCCCUCCGUUAUCUUACAAGGUUAGUUAAUUUGAUUAUUUUCUUCAUAAACGCCUUGAGAUAACAGGUUGCAACUAGUUUGUUGUUACUUAUGUGAUAAGUAUGUGAUUAGGUAAUUGUCCGUCCAUUUAGUUUGUAGUAUGUAUGUUAGUUUAUGUAGUUUUUGUACUUAAAUGUAGAAUUUACUAUAAUGUGCACACACUUUUUAACAUUUGUGUUAUAAAUGUCUCAUGUAAUUGGUGUAAAAGUGUUAUCUUGUAACCUAUUUGCAAUAAUAAAUAUCAUUUGUCAUUAAUAAGGGGCGAACCUAUUGCUAUUUACUGGGCACAAUUCCAGUGUCCGUGCUACUACUGAGAUUUUUUUCGAAAAACCGAUAAAUGCUAAUACUUUGCCCUUUUCCCGAUUCGGGAAUCGAACCCGAGCUCUCUUGUCCGGCAUCGCGCAGUCAAGCGUGACGUUGCGUUGUAGAAUAUAUAGGAGCUAAGUUUUUAUAGUUUUCAAUCAGGGUUAAUUUAUAUAAGCGCAGAUAUAAAAAAGAAACGAUCGAAAUCGCACGAAGUCGCGCAUCUGGGCGUAAUAAAUACAAAAGAAUGUGUACUUUGCGCUAGUAUAAAUUGACCCUUUUUAUGUAGUUCCGUCCAUUUUUUAUCUCAUUGAAGCAUGUUUUUCUUGCAAAGAGAGAUAUUCUAUGAUUAACUAUAAUUAUAUUAUUUAUAUUAAAAUAUAUAAAUUAUA